AUGCCGUCACCCAGCAGAACCAAUGGUGGUGCAGCUGCAGGGUCAGCUGAAGGAUCGGGCCCGAAGAAAUGGCAAUUCGUCAACGUCAGCGAGCCGAAGAAGAACCAAGACAAGGAUGUCAUAAGUAUAGUACGCGCUCAUGCUAUGCGUAAUGUACGCCGGAAUCAGCGAUUGGAGCUCAUGGCCCAGUAUCAGAAGAGGCUAAAAACCAAGGCCCCAAAAUCGGAACAUGCGGAUUCAAGCGUGACAGCUGAGCACUCUCUACAAAUGAAUCCAAAUGGUUGGUUUACGGGUGAUAAGGCAGAUGCCGACGGGCCGGUGGCACUGCACGAGAUGCUCUCUAAGCUUGGGUUCAUCAAUAUGGGUCAUCUAGCGAGCAGAAAUGAGGCUGAACCUGCGGCUGAAUGUGAUGAGCAAGCACAACGUUCAGACUAUUGGCCGAGCUACGGCGAAGAGGAGACGCGAGCUCUCAUGCGCCCUAUGCCCGGGACAUGCCGUACUGGAUCCCCAAAGUCGUUGGUUGGAGACGGGGUGUUUGAUCCGUUCAAUGCUAUGCCGAUUGCUAGCUGCAACAACUACAAUGGCUACAUUUUAAAUCACUUCGCUUCGGUUAUAGCUCUCAGCUGCCUACCAGUUGACCAGGGUAAGGGUCAGAACCCUCUCACGAAGAUCUGGCUUCCCUAUGCUUUGCAAGACUCCACCCUUCUUCUCGCCACUCUCACAUUCGCACAAGCACAUCUAGAAAUUCUGUCUGGUGAUUGUAAAAGUCAAAGAACUCUUCUUCGCAAAGGCGACUCAAUCAAGGCUGUCAACGCGAAGUUGGGGGACCGUGAGCAUGCAUUGUCCAAUGAGACUAUUGGAUCGGUGGCGAUGCUUGCCGCAAUGGAAAGCAUCCUCGGCAAUUACAAGGAAUUCCAAAUCCAUAUGAAUGGUCUACAAAGGAUUGUGUACAUGCGCGGUGGACUGCAAAGCUUAGGAUGGGACGGCGUUCUUCAUAUGUUCAUUGCAUGGCAAGACCUGCUAUCUUCCGCAAUGAUGGCUUCAGCUCUACCAUACGAACAAACGCCCUGCUGUCUUCUCAUUCGAGGCGAUCUGCCCUACUCCAAUCCGAUCUUCCCCGAAUUUGGCCUCUCGACGGAGCUUUGUGGCGAGAUCGCCGCUGCGUUCCAAAACAUGCGCUACCUCUCUCGAAAGAUUAACAACUGGGAUACAACCCAGACCACUCGGGACAUCAUGUCCUUCAGCAAGAUGCGUACGAACAUCGUCGACAAAUUGCUGUCAUUCGCGAACCGAAAGCCAGCGGCAGAAAUGACCAACCUCGACUACCACAUCGAAACAUGUCGUCUCGCCGCUCUGAUCUACAUCAAAGUCGCUCUCCACAUGUACUUCCCCCUCUGCGCCAUCAUCCGAAGCCUAAAAGCCCAGCUCAUGAACACCAUCAAACAAGGCGAAGCCAACCACACCAUCGGCCUCGGCGCUCGCCCACCACCGGGCUCCAUCACAUGGGCCCUCUUCAUCUGCGGCAGUCUCCCCCUCGACAAGGACGAAGAAGAGUGGUUCGCCGUCCGCAUAGCCAGAGGGAUCAGGCCGUCCGGUGUCGAGACGUGGGCUGAGAUGGAAGAGCACUUGGGACGGAUUUGCUGGCUCCCCAAGCGGAACACGCCUACUUGUAGGAGUCUGUGGCGGAGGGUGGGGAGUCUCCAUGCAGAGUACUGGGCUGCUCAGGUGCGUGUGGUGGCGUCGGAUGGGAAUAGGAGUGGACUGUAUUAUUGGUAUCCUCGUUCUGAAGAGGAGUUCUCGCGCCGUCAGGGAUCGUCUAACGAAACGAUGUCGGGUCAGCGAGAAUGCAUCGGAUGA